AGAGGUGUUAGGGUUUGGGUUAGGUGUGCGUGGGUUUUUUUUUUUUUUUUUUAAUUUCUUGAUUUCAGCACUUUCUCCCCCCUUUCGGCUGCCGCCAACGCCUUUUACCUGCUGCAGCCGUGCGCCCCUGGUAGCUAAGGGUUAGAAAGGAGAAGGGUGUAUUUCAGAUUUUAAGCAAAAUUUUUGAAGACAAAUCCAUUUUUCUCCCCCCAGCCACUCUCUUCUCCACAGCCUCCGAGCUCAUUAUUUCGGUGGUUGCUUUAGGGUGAGCAAUUGUGUGACUUUCCCCCUUGCAAUUCUGACCAGUUCCCUCCGGGGGGUUUCUCUGGCCUCCGCUCACUCUGCGUGCACCUGGCGCGACUCUUUUUCCCCCCAACCUGUUGCAAGUCUUUAAUCUUUGCAAUUGGGACUUGCUCGCAGCCACCUCGAUCCUCCUUCGCUCCCCACAUUUUGCAAGUGUCUGGGGGAGGGCACCUGCUCUACCUGCCAAAGAUUUAAAAAAAAAAAAAAAAAUCUCCGGACGCCCUCUUGGCACCUUUCUCUCCUCCCCGCACUCUCGCUCUCCUGCCCCGCCCCGAAGUAAAGGGCGACUCGGAGAAGAUGGUGCUCACCACGGUCCUCCUGCUGCUGGCCGCCUAUGCGGGGCCGACCCAGGGCCUGGGCUCCUUCGUGCACUGCGAGCCCUGCGAUGAGAAAUCUCUCUCCAUGUGCCCCCCCAGCCCCCUGGGCUGCGAGCUGGUCAAGGAGCCAGGCUGCGGCUGCUGCAUGACUUGCGCCCUGGCGGAGGGGCAGUCAUGCGGCGUCUACACAGAGCGUUGCGCCCAAGGGUUGCGCUGCCUCCCCCGGCAAGACGAGGAGAAGCCGCUGCACGCCCUGCUGCACGGCCGCGGGGUUUGCCUCAACGAAAAGAGCUACCGCGAGCAAGCCAAGAUCGAGAGAGACUCUCGUGAACACGAGGAGCCCACCACCUCCGAGAUGGCUGAGGAGACCUACUCCCCCAAGAUCUUCCGACCCAAACACACCCGCAUCUCCGAGCUGAAGGCCGAGGCCGUGAAGAAGGACCGCAGAAAGAAGCUGACCCAGUCUAAGUUUGUGGGGGGAGCCGAGAACACUGCCCACCCCCGGGUCAUCGCUGCACCUGAGAUGAGGCAGGAAUCUGAACAGGGCCCCUGCCGCAGACACAUGGAAGCCUCCCUGCAGGAGCUCAAAGCCAGCCCGCGCAUGGUGCCCCGGGCCGUGUACCUGCCCAACUGUGACCGCAAAGGAUUCUACAAGAGAAAGCAGUGCAAGCCUUCCCGUGGUCGCAAGCGCGGCAUCUGCUGGUGCGUGGAUAAGUACGGGAUGAAGCUGCCAGGCAUGGAGUACGUGGACGGGGACUUCCAGUGCCACGCCUUCGACAGCAGCAACAUUGAGUGACGCGUCCUCUCCCCGUCCUUCCCUCGUCCCCUCCCACUCCCAGCCCCCGCUCCAGCCAGCGCCUCCCUCCACCCCAGGACGCCACUCAUUUCAUCUCAUUUAAGGGAAAAUACAUAUCUAUAUAUUUGAGGAAACUGAGGACCUCGGAAUCUCUAGCAAGGGCUCAACUUUGGAAACGGCAACAACAGAGAUGCAAAAAGAUAAGGAGAUCCCCCCUACCCUGAAAAUGGUUUUCUUUUUGAGGCAAGUUGAAUGGACAGAGAAGGAAAGAGAGAAAGAACCAGAUGGAAAGAAGGAGGAAAAGUGUGUAGAAGCGCUGGAAGACAGAAGGGUUAUGGAAAGGAAGAGAAGGAAGCUGGGCAGGAAGGAGAGGGCACUGGGCCCAAGGCUGGAUCCAGCCCUGACCUGGGCUCAGGAGGGGUUGGGGCACUAGGUGUGACCUGAGAUGUGACACCCUUGGAGUUUCCCCAGUUUGGAUUGGUCAGUGCCUCUCAGGUCUGUCUCCUCCUCCAGCCAGCAAGGUGGAUAGUUUGACCCCCUCCCUCCUCUCCUUUGACCCCAGGAGAGGGUGGUCUUUCCCCAUAGACUCACAAGAUGAAAGUGCAUUCCAUUCCCCUGAAAACAAAUUUCGUAACUGAGAGCUAUUAGAUAGGUGUUCCUAAGUAGAUACAUACAUAUGAACUACGUGUGCACAUUUCACUCCUCAUGCAGAUUUAAUUUUAAAACUCAACACACACCCCCGUAUGGGAAAGAAUUUUUCUUCCGGGUGACUCAAGAUGAGCCGAAACAUGGGUUUCCACCCCUUGUUUUUUUCAAUUAGCAUCUAGCGCAGCAGCCUCUGUGGAGGAGGACAGGCUGGGAAAAAAGUGGGCUUGUAUUUAUCUACAAGGCUCCGUAUAGUCAUAUAUAGGCAUAUAAAUCUUUUUUUUUUUCUUUUUUCUUCCUUCCUCUCUUUCAAGGGUUUGCAUUAUCUCUUCAAAGUAGUUCCUAUGGGGCACUGAGGAGCUUCCUCAUUCUGGAAAAACCAGAAAAAUCCAUAUUCUCCUAAUACCACCCAUGACUCUAGCUUUGCCUGCCUCUGGUCAGCAGUUUCCCAUGAGCCACCAGCUCAGCUCUUUGUGGGGCACAGGGUUGGAUGAUUUCCUGUGUGUGUUCUUAGGGACCCACCAAGCCAGGUGCUGCCAGUACCCCAUGGUGCCCAUGCUCUGCUGCCCAGCUCACCCCACCUCAGCCUGCAAACCUUCGGUGUGGCCUCUAGACACCACACCAAACGAGCCCAGCAGGUCCAAGUGUGACCUACUGGUCCUGUCCCAGCCUUUUCCUUUUCACCUGGGCAGACCUGCAUUUUGAAAUCCUCCCUCAGUCUGCCUGCUGGCACAGCAAGAGAAAGACUGACGAGAGAGGGCAAAGAGGGAGAAGCUGGGGGAAGUCUCAAAGGAGGAAAAUGGGAGCCGGAGUGGAGAGACAGAGGGCUGAAGCCACAGACAGGGGAAGCCAACAGAACUUUCCUUGGCUGCCCCACUUUAUAAGCCUUCUGGGAUUCAAAAGGAAGAAGAGAGGAAAAUGGAAGAAUAGGCUAUGAGAUAGAAAUGAGCCCACGCCAGUCCAAAGAGGCAGGGAAGGUGGGUAAUUUUAGGUGGGUUUUAGACCUGAGAAGCUGGAUGGGAACCAGGAUCAGGUAGACUGGCUGGGCAUUGAUAGGGACAAGACGUGUGCUCAGAUGUCCCACCUGCAGCUCACCAGGAGGGACAAUCGAAGAGUCUUUCAAGAUCCCGGCUGCUCAGUGGUUCCUCCCUAGAAUGGAGGACAGAAGGAAGACCUGGGACAACCUGGGAAUUGACACUGUCAUUUGUCAGCCAGAUUCUGAUCCAAGAAAAUCCCAUUCUCCAUUGACUUCCUCAACAAAGGGGUGGCUUUGGGACUGGCCUCUAAGCCUAAAGAUAACCUGCCAGGAAAAGGGACUUGGACAUUGGUAAAGGAGACCCUUUCUGGCUGUGGACACAGCUCUCCACCCUCUUUCCUGAAGGCAUGACACAGAGGAGAACACUCCCAGCACCAAACAUGGGGCAACAAAGGGACAGCAAAGAAGCAAAUAUAUUCCAGCUAAUGGCAAACUCGUUGCUAUGGAACUUGGAGGGGGUCUCCCGCUCCCGGAAGGACAGUUGACUAGGGAUGGGAAAGGUGGUCGAUCUUCAUGAGACAAAGGGCCUGAUGGGGCUGGCGGCCGUGAGGACUUGUUGAACCUUUCCGGACAGCACACCCCAUCUCUCUGCACAACUGUCCCCAAACCCCCGAUUCACACUUCUCUCUACCUUAGGCCAGUAUCCUAAAGCUUUUCCAUGUCACUCUUCUGCAUUCUUUGAAUCCUCAGUAGUCAUCUGACUGGGAUCUGCCAAGGAGAUACAGGGGCGCCAUCUCCUCUAAGAAAAGACUGAGCCAGGAACUGCCUCCCCUGCCCCAUGCCUGGACCUGAUUCCUGACAGGGGCUCUCUCUUUACCCCCACUGUUUGCUGGACCUGGAACAGGCUUCUGCCGCUGGCAUGAUCUCUUUGCUCUCAGCCACAGGUUGCGGGUGAUGGCCCAGUUUAACACCAGGACCAGACACUUCAGGUUUUCUGAGUUCACACCUACUAAGCCGAACCUGCAAGUUUCCAUGGUUUGCAGGGGUGCCUCUGGGUAGCUGGCCUCUCCCUACAGGAACCUGGACCCACAUGGACAGAUGGAACUAAACUUCUUAACUGGGAGGUCUGGCUGAGCCCAGGUGGGGAAGACCACAGAAAUGGAGUUACUGAGGGCAGAGGGACUAUCUUCCCCUUACCACUGGAGUGGGAAAGCAGGUUUGCAAUGGUGGGAAGUCCUGAGCAGGGAGUUCUUCGUCCAGCGGUCUGGGCCACUCUCAGUUCCCCUGGAGGCCUUCGUCUGCGGAUUAUCUGUGGCCCAGGUCUACGUGUGCCUGCCCCCAGCCCACUCCUGCAGGCCCCUUCCCUUGCCCUUUGACUCAUACUUCACUCCAGCAGUGGAAAAGAUACCUCUGUCUUCCCCCACUAUGGCCAGGUAACUGAGGGGGGCCUGGGCAAGACUGAGUCUCCUCCCCCAGCCCGCCCUGACUUACCCAGCAAAGAGGGCACCUGGGGAGGAAGAGACACGAAUGUUUCUCUGACAGCCAGGCCUAGCAGACAGGCCUGGGGACAUCAGCACCACACUGGGAGGAAGGGAGGCCCAGGAGGCCCUGCGUGGUCCCUCCUCUUCUCCCUCACCCCCUCUUCCCACCACCACCUCUUGUCUCCAUAGUAACCCUGCAGGGUUAACCUCCUCUAGGGGAAGUGAACCUCAACCACCCUUCUCCUACCAUUGGUUCCUUACAGAGACAGGGCUGCCAUGGCAACCGCCAAGCCCCCUGGGGCGGGGCAGCCCCCCACCCCAUUUAUCCACUCAGACCCUUGAAGGGCUCCAGUUCAGAAUGGGAACUUGAGAGAGGAGUGGCCCAAGAAGAAGAGACCCUCUUGUCUCAAAGGAACCUUUGGCUUCCAAGAGAAAACGAGGCCAAGUUAUGAAACAGGGUGAGACAAGAGAACAGGGUUUUACCAACCAGCAACCUGGGUGUUGUACUGUCUUUAUUUUUAAAAACCACUAAAGUGCAAGAAUUAUUUUGCACUAUUUCUCUACUCCCCCCCCCUUAGGUUUUAUUUCUUUUUUUGAAAACAUCCUUUCUUGGGUUUCUAAUGGAGUUUACAGUUCAUCCAUUUCAUAGACUCUGGCCUCCACUCCUCAAAUCCUUUCAGAUGGGGAAGGGUGGGUGGGAGGGACAGAGAGGAAGGGGUCCCCGGCCAUCCUGUGCUUGUUCACCCCAAUUCUCUGGUCCCUGGUCACCAGCCUCAGCCCCAUCUCCACCAUCACCACCGUCACACAGUAGCCCACACGGAUAGCACAGUUAUCAGACAAGAUUCCUUCAGAUUCCGAGUUGCCUACCGGUUGUUUUUGGUUUUUUAGGACAGCAAUAACCACAACGCAUAUUACUGUAGUUCUUUAUAGUGUUACAUACUAUAGACGUACCAUAGCUCUGUUCUCUCCUCUUUUUUUUUUCGUUUCAACUUUUUUAAGAAAAAAAUAAAUGCUCAUAAUCUUUACUGAUGAAAAGGAUGGAAAAAUAAACCAACAAACAAAACCAGUUUGUGGAAAAAAAAAAAGCAGGAAAAAGAUCAUCUGAAUGCGGAAGAGCUCAGCUCCUGUUUAGCAUUUUGUACUUAAGGAAAUAAAAAGGAAAAAAAAACAAAAACAGAGAAUCUCACGUUUUAUUAAGAAGUGAAGAUUGCUGUAUACUAUUUAUUCAACUUAUAAUUUAUGUUACUCCUCAAUCUUUGUCUCUUGUCAUGACAAAGCAUUUAUUUAAUAAAGUUGUGCAUUCGGUCA